UGUACCAAUUGUCAUACAACUACUACUCCCAGCUGGCGACGCUGCUCACAAGGCCGAUUCUUAUUAUGCAACGCUUGCGGUUUAUUCCAAAAGUUACAUGGUAGAGCUCGGCCUUUCCAAAAGACUAAAGAUGGGCACAUCAAAAUUGUUCGCACUCCUGCAAGUCAUGCCCCCUGUGCUCACUGCGGGACAACUUCGUCUGCGAUCUGGAGGAAAGGUGCUAACAAGGAAGCGUUGUGUAAUGCGUGCAGUACAAUGGCCAAGCGACAU